UAUUAGAGUGAGCCAUUAGUGUUGUACAGAAAAGAUGAACACUAAAAAGACAAGCGUACAUAGACAGCACACAACUCUAACUUUGAAUCCAGCUAAAGUGACAAAUACAUUUUGGUGUUUCGUCCUCCAUUCCUCAUUCCCAAACUGCUUGGUGGGAAAAAAAUUGUCUUAGUGUUUGUGUGCUGUGGGGAUUGAUUUGUACCUUUUGUGAUUAAAAUCAGAUAAAAUUUAUAUUUUUUGCUGUUAUUUAGGUGACUGUGUCAAAACAGCAGCAAUUAAAAGUCUUUAGCCCACUGAGUUUGUCUGUGUUUUCUUUCAAAGAUUGGGGGAACUUGGUGUUGCUUUCACUCUCAUGUAGGCUGCACUGCAUUUCCAGCACCUCCUGGUGUCAGUGAGAGGCGUUGGUCAGGUGUUAAAAAAGAGUAAUCUUUUGAGCUUCUUAAGUCGUUCAUCUUCAGGUGCCACAGCAAGGUUUCAGGUAAGCUCGGUGAGAAAUGAAGGUUUGUCUAAUGAAAUUAUGCAGACUGCUUUGUUCAGUCUUGAGUCUGCCCUUGCACGCAAUGCAGGUCAUAGGGCUGUGUGGCAUGUACAAACGCCUUUUUCCCUUGCUCGCCUACAAUGUGACAUUUUCAUACAACGACAAAAUGCACAGAGUGAAGAGGGAGCUUUUCCGAAACAUGGCCAAAUUUGCAGAUACCGAUGGCACCCUUCGCCUCCUGGAGAUCGGGUGCGGCAGCGGAGCCAACUUCAAGUUUUACCCCCACGGCUGCACGGUGAUCUGCACUGACCCCAACCCGCACUUCGAGAAGUACCUGCGGAUGAAUAUGGACGCAAACCAGCAUCUGACUUACGACAAGUUUAUGUGCGUCUCCGGGGAGGACAUGCGGGGAGUACGGGACGGCUCUGCGGACGUUGUUGUCUGCACCUUGGUUCUGUGCUCUGUCAGAAAUGUGCAGCAGGUCCUGCAGGAGGCCCGGCGCGUUCUCAGAACAGGCGGCGCCUUCUACUUUUUGGAACAUGUUGUCUCAGAUUCUUCAUCCUGGACAUACUUUUUGCAGUAUGUGUUUGAGCCUCUCUGGUGCCAUCUCGGGGAUGGAUGCAUGAUUACCAGAGCAACAUGGAAAGAUAUAGAGGUAGCUGGUUUUACCGAGCUUAACUUGAGACACAUUGAGGCUCCAAAUGUCAGUUUGAUGAUCAGGCCACACAUCAUGGGAUACUGUAUUAAAUGACUGCAUGUUGGACUGUGGAGUUUAUAUUAAAACAUUCAGGUUAUACAGUGACAGACAUCCUAAAGCAACACUUAUAAUGGCCUGUCCACAGUUUACAUAUGAAUUUCAAACUACUAGUUGAGGUCCAAGUUCAGGCUGGAGGUUUAUUUUGA